AUGAGCGAGCACGAAGGUGAAGGCCUGCUCGACUCAUACCGUUGCCUUGGCAAUGACUGGCUCUCCGGAGCCGAGAGCGCGGGCACUGACAAACUGCCCGGUGUGCCGCCCGGUGCCGCCCACAAGGGACCCGGCGGUGGCGAUGGCGCUGGAUUACUGCACAGCGCGCAUCGCGACACCGAAGAGGAAAUGGAGGCCGACAGCGGGGGCAGCGGGGCCUACCUCCUCUCGGCCUCGCGCGUGACGAGCAACUCGUCCGACUGUACCGACACGACGUCGGCGGCCUGCUCCUCCUCCUCGUCCUCGGACAACAGCGACGAUGAUGGCGAUGAUGGUGACGAUGGCUACAUGACCUACAAAGGUGGCGCCGGCACAGAAGAACACACUUACCUCAACAGCCAGUGGGACACCACCGACGCGCCGGGCGAGAUGCAGCGCCCGCAGGCCCGACGCGCCCAACCCGUGGUCCCGCCGUCGUCGCCGUCAUCGUCAUCGUCGUCGUUGUCGGUGCCUCCCCAGCGGGCGGCGCAGGCGGUGGCGAAGGCCCAGCACGGCCUGCGCGCCACGCGCAGUCGAUUGUCCAUCAAUUCGCUGCCCAACCUACUGAAGGAGAAGACCGACGAACUGGACCUCGACUACCGCGAAAUCAACGUCAACGAGCUUGACCUUGAAGAAAAGCCCGUCGGCAAGGGCGCGUUUGGUACCAUCUACAAGGGAUCCUGGAGAGGAGCCAAGGUGGCCAUCAAAAAGCUCAAUGUUCUAUCCAUGACUGAAAAGGAGCUCUACGAGUUCCGACAUGAGGUCACACUCAUGAAGUCCCUGUGCCAUCAUCCCAACAUCGUCGAUUUUAUUGGGGCGUGCACGACUCCACCGCAUUUCUGUCUGGUCUCCAAGUACUACGCCAACGGAAGCGUGAAGGACUACCUCGACAGGCAUAAAGAUGUCCCUUGGAUCACGAUCGUGCGGUUUGCGCGAGACGCCGCCGCGGGCGUGCUCCAUCUCCACUGCGAACACGUUGUGCACAGAGACCUGGCUGCCCGCAACGCGCUAGUGGACGACAAUCUGAACGUCAGGGUGUGCGAUUUCGGGCUGGCGCGACGGAUGACGGCCCAGGCGCAGGAAAACACAUCGACCCUCCUCCCCGUGGCCUACAUGGCCCCCGAGUCCAUCAGGAAGCAAGAGUACUCGAUCAAGUCCGACAGCUUCUCCUUUGGGGUCUUCCUGUGGGAGAUUGUCACCAGGCAGAAGCCGUAUGUGGGGAAACCGCUGCUGGAGGUGGCCUUUGGGGUCACGAUCGAGGGACUGCGGCUCAAGAUCCCCGAUCACUGCCCCGACAUGUUUCGUCUGCUGAUGGGGAAAUGCUGGGAAACAAACCCAGAAGACCGCCCCGAUUUUUACGAACUGUUCUUGACGCUCGAGGAGUAUCUGGAGCAGCUGGAGAUCGAGGAGGCCCAUCAAAAGGAGCGGCAGCGCAAGCUGGAGCUCGCCAGGCGGACGGAGAUGAACAGCGGCGGCCCCGACGCGGCGCACUACGCGGCGUCCCCGUUGACCGCGCGCGGCCGCAUGCCGAUCCGCAUACGCUCCACCCCGCUGAUGGGCAAAGCGGCGCUGGCCUCGCCCUUCUUCGGCGUCUCCACGCACCCGCUCGACCGAAGCGCCGACGUGAGCGGCCGCAUGGUCCGCAGCGAGACGAUGCUCCUCAACAGCAGCAAGAAGAACACGUUCGCAGACAGCAAGCUGGACGGCGUCGGCGGCGCCGGCGGCAGCGAAGGACUUGGUGCGAGCCCGCGCGAGCGCAUGCCGCGAGCGGGGUCGGCGGAUGGGGUCGUGGCACAAAGCGCCGGAACGACGGAGAGCGGCGAACACGCGUGUGCCAGGGAGCCGCACGACGAGCCCCUCCAACAGCAGAUCCGCGUCAAGAAGGGCCUGGACGGUCGGGAGCUGGCCCAGUCCCCGGCCCCGCUGAGAAGGAAGGUCGGGUGGGCCGACCAGGAAGGAGAGGAAUCGAUGCUGCUGCAGAGGAGCUCGGAAGUGUUGGCCCGCUUGGCCAAGAGGCACGCCAUCGAUCCCGCCCACAUCGUUGACCAGUUCCCCUUUGAGAACGGAACGCACAGCCUCAUCUGCAAGGCGAAGCUCAUUACAUCAGACGCCGCGGAUCAGCAGUCGGGCGAUGGCAAACCGCUCCCUGUGGCGGUCAAGCGUUUGAGCAACUUCUUGCGUUCCGAGAAAGGCACUCGCGAGGACCUUCUUCUGCAAGCCGAGUUGAUGCUCGCCGUGCGUGACUGUCCCAACAUCGUCCGCUUUCUGGGCGCAAAUCUCGCGCCCGAGAACGAGUUCCUCGUGUUCCAGUGGGUCAAGCACGGCUCGCUGGCACAGUUGAUGUACGGGCUGGGCCGGCGGUGGAAAAAGCUUCGACGACAGAAGCCGUUGCUGCUCGUGCGAAUGGCGCAUGAUGUGGCCAAGGCCAUGAGCUACUUGCACGAGAAGGGCAUCGUUCACUACAACUUGGAGCCCAAAAACAUUUUGUUGGACAGCAAGUACCGAGCCCUGUUGUGCGGGUUCAGCCUGGCGCGGUUUGUGAACCGUCAGGCGGACGGUUCGAAGGCAACCACCACGGGGCUGGCCGAGCCCUUCCGCCAGCCGCAGAGCAGUAUACUGUUCUCCGCGCCCGAAGUGUGGAACGUUCACCUGCGCUCUGGAGGCCUCCGACCGGAAGCGACCGAUGCCGCCCAGCGGGAAGAAACCCAAGACACCUCUGGACCCCAGGACCACGGCUACGCCAGCGAUGUCUACAGCUUUGGCAUGAUGCUGUGGACGCUUUGGCACGGCUUUUCGCACGAGGAGCUGAAGAAGAGGCGAAAGCUGGUCCGUCGGGUGUGGGCCGCUGAGCAGCGUCGCUGUGAGGAGGUGGAAGGGGCCGCGGCCGACGACGAAAACAACGACGACGAGUGCGGCGUCGGUGACGACCGUGAGGAGUGGAGUAUCAAACGCGAAGCAGAGACGAAGGAAGAGGAGGACCAGAGGCACGAGAUGGCGACGUCGACGCCAGAAAGCAGCGCUCGAUCACCCGCGCGCGGGGCGGACUCGACGCCUCUCCGAGCGAGGCAGAGACGAGCCCGGGCCGAGGAGCAGGAGAAGGGCCUGCGCGACCUCAUGCUCGCGGACCAGAUGCCCCACGACUGGCUCAACCUGACCGAGGCAUGCCUCGCAUUCCACCCGGAGGAGCGACCCUCGUUCGACGUGAUCCUGCCGACGCUGAAGAACAUCUGGAAGAACUGGAAGGACGCAUUGGAAGCGCGUGGCGACAUCAGCCAGACCUCGGCCGGUAAAGCAGCGUUUCCGACGCCGCCGCCACCGGGCGACUCACCCUUCGUCUCCGCGUUGCCUGAGCGGCGGGCUGUGCCGCAAGAAGCCAGCGCGGAGGAGGCGGAAGAAGCCGACGACGCCGACGAGGACGAGGAUGCGUCAUCUCUGUCGCGGAUGUCGAGCUCGGCGUUCCUGUCCGCGCCUUCCUCGCCGUUCGACGCCGCGUCGUUUGCCUUCUCCCACCACCGGGACGGCGACGUGCCUUCCUCGCUCCGCUCGCUCCACUCCUUCUCCCUUUCGCCGCCGCUGCCGCCCCAGCUGCUGCCCGUGCCCGUGUCAGUGACGACGCUGAAGCGCUCAGCCCAGUCCUCGCCCUCCUUCUCUCGCACGGCCGAGACCAGGCGCUGCACCGGUGGUGAUGGUGGUGGUGAUGAUGAUGAUGAUGAUCGAAACUCGCUCGACCCCACGAGCGGCAGGCCCUCCACGCUCCCCGAUUCCGACGGCGAAGAUCGUGUCAAUGAGGAAGAAGAGGCGAGAGUGGCUGAGCGAGCGCGGUUGGAAGGCGAGAAGGAGGAGGAGGAGGAGGAAAACGAAGCCGGCGAUGAUGGCAUCGAUGAGGGCGACACCUUGGAUAGCUACGAGGAGAGCAGUCUGCUCACCUGCGUACCGAGCGCCGACCUGCGCCGCGAGCUGUAG